AUGCUGCUGGACACGGGCCCCGCGGCCGCCGCCGCCGCCGCCGCCGCCAAGGCAGCGACGGACUUCUCGAUCGCGGCGAUCAUGGCACUGCGGGAGGGCUCCAGCGGGAGCCCUCUGGAAGCAGUUUUCGUAAGUGGUUCCCAGAACUCGUCGUCGGUCGAUCGAGUGUCCGAACCGGAGGAUGACGACGGCGAGGGCGACGUGGACGUGGAAGAGUGCAGCGACUCGGAGGAGCCCAAAUCGACCGACAGUGGGCGCGUGACCCACUCGCGGACCACCGACACCCCGAACAGUGGUUCCGUGUCGGACGAGGAACGAUUAACUCCGGAACCGGCGCAGAAGCGGCCCACCAUCGUUGGAUCCUGCAACUCGGACGAUCUGCAGCCGGUCCAGUGCCACCUGGAGACGAAGGAGCUUUGGGACAAGUUUAACGACCUCGGCACGGAAAUGAUCAUCACCAAGACGGGCCGGCGCAUGUUCCCGACGGUGCGUGUCUCAUUCUCGGGGCCCCUGCGCCAGGUUACGCCGGCGGACCGGUACGUGGUGCUGCUGGACGUGGUCCCAGUUGACAACCGGCGCUACCGUUACGCGUACCACCGGUCGGCCUGGCUGGUGGCGGGCAAGGCGGACCCGCCGCCACCCGGCCGGCUGUACGCCCACCCGGACACCCCGCUCGGGGCCGAUGCCCUGCGCAAACAGGUUAUCUCGUUCGAAAAAGUGAAACUCACCAACAAUGAGAUGGACAAGAACGGUCAGAUUGUCCUCAACUCGAUGCACCGCUAUCAGCCACGGAUUCACCUGGUGCGGCUUGGGCCCGGCCAGAGCAUACCGCUCGCCCCGAAGGAGCUGCCCGAGGUCGACCACAAGACGUACGUGUUUCCGGAGACGAUCUUCACGGCCGUCACCGCGUACCAGAAUCAGCUGAUCACGAAGCUGAAAAUCGAUUCCAACCCGUUCGCGAAAGGCUUCCGGGACUCGUCGCGCCUGACCGACUUCGAUAGGGAUCCGAUGGAUGCGCUGCUGUUCGAGCAGCAUCUACGAUCGCCGCUCCGGCUGUUCCCCGAUCCGCUGAUGGCGCAGUUCGCGUCCGGUGGCCUCGCACCACAGGAUCUGCAGGAUCCGGCUUCGGUGGCCCUGCUGGAGAAAGCUCGCCAACAGCUGCAGCUGUGGGGCCGCUCGCCGUACAGCGAACUGCUGCUGCCCCAGAUGUACCCAAGGCCACCGAACCUCGGGACGCUCGGUAAUCUCGGCCUCUGGCAAGGAUCACCACCCGGUGGCGGGUGGUCACCAGGACCACCACUGCCCCAUGGAUUUCUAUCGAACGCCGCCGCAGGAUCGGCGGCACCGCCGACGACGUCUACACCGCCCCUAUCGGGACCCCCUGCACCCCUGUCCUCACCUACAUCCGCGAUCCCAGGCGGUUCCACCGGAUCCCCAACGUCCGAUCCAAGGAUGAAACACUUUUCGCGCUUCACACCCUACCAGGUACCCCAGCAGCAUCUCCACUCCACGCAUCCGUCGCGCCAGCAUCCACCACCCCGAACACCGCCUCCUUCCGGGCCAUCCACGUCCGGUUCUCCACGGAGUCCCUCAAACUGA